AUGGGUAAACAGAAGCAUGAUGAAAAAAAGGCUAUUGAAGAUGUAGAGUAUCAGCAACCAGAACCAAUUUACAUCAACGAAAAACCAGGCUUCGAGCAGGAUAGUAGUCAGAACGAUGUUUACAGCCUUGAAGAUGAUUCAAUUACAAAAUAUAAAUACUUUGGACCUCUUCUAGCGGUUUCUUUGGUCAUCACUGGUUCCUUGAAUACAAUUGUAGCAAAAUGGACAGAUACAAUUAAAAUUGAACGAAAAUAUUUCAACCAUCCAUUUUUCCAGGGUGCAGUAAUGUUUCUUGGAGAAUUUAUGUGCUUUUUCGUCUAUUUGAUUGUAUUGCUGAUCCAACGAAUAAGGUGGAAAAAUAAUCAAAAAUAUGUGGAAGGCGGAUUUUCAAGUGUUAAAAAACCAUCAUUUCCACGGAUUAAUCCAAUUUAUUUUGCUGUACCAGCUAUAUGUGACUGCAUCAAUACAUCGCUUCAAUACAUUGGUCUGAAUAUGACAAGUGCAUCGUCAUAUCAAAUGCUCAGAGGAUCUUCUAUUAUUUUUACUGGAAUUCUUGCGAUAUUGAUACUGAAAAACAAGCUGCAAUGUUUUCGAUGGACUGGUAUGAUUUUGGUCACUGUUGGCUUAGUUGUUAUUGGCGUAUGUGAUAUGAUUUGGGCAAAUGAUGCAGAGCACAGUUCAACUGACAUUGUAGUCGGAGAUUUACUGAUUGUCGCUGGUGAAGUUGUUCACGCAUUUCAAGUAAUUAUUGAACAGAAACUUUUGAACAGUGAAGACAAGACAAAAGAUGUACCAGCUUUAUUAGCUGUCGGCUUAGAAGGAUUUUUUGGUCUUCUAAUUUUAAUAAUCGCCAUGAUACCGCUGUACUUUAUCCAUGUUAGUUCAAUGUUUUCGGCAAAUCCAGAAAACAGACUUGAAGAUGCCAUUAAUGCUUUUUGGAUGAUGAGUAAAAGCUCCGAAGUAACGUGGUCAUUGGUCUGCAACGUACUUAGUAUCGCAUUUUUCAACUUUGCCGGGUUAUCGGUAACAAAGUUUAUGUCGGCAACAACACGUAUGGUUUUGGAUAGCAUUCGAACAAUUGUCAUUUGGGCUGUCUCAAUUCCACUAUUUCAUCAAGCAUUCAUUCCAUUACAGGUUUAG